GAGAGAGGCUGCGCAGUCGCUUUCGAGAACUUCGCCUUGUCAAAGAGAACCGGGAAGUGUCUGCAGGACUACGAUUGCCGUGCCUUUGCAGGAUGCCAGAGCCAAUUUUCACCAACUGUGGGUUCUUCUUGAAACUGAAAAAAAUAACUAUUCAGGAGAAAAACAAGCUGAAGGACUGCAUUAAAGGAAAUGGUGGGCAGAUAACAUUUGCAAUAAAUGAUAAGUGUACUCAUGUUGUCACCGAUGAUGCUGAUGCACUCAGUUCUGUCCACCUGAAAGCCAUCAAGAAGAAACAGCUUCCCAUUGUUGGGGUCAAUUUCAUAUGGGACUCAGUCAAAGAAAACAGACUUUUACCACCUUCUAAAUGGGAGCCCCUCAAGGCCUUGGAAAGUGCACCUGAUGUGAAGGUUGUCUCUGUUUGCGAGGAGGACAGUCAGAAGGUAAAUGUCUGUGCUAAAACCGGCCUGUCCUGCAAGACCAACCAUGAGAGCGAGUCUGAUGACAGCAACAUUGACAAACUCAGGUGGUUUUCAAAUAAUGAUAAGAAUAUCCCUUAUUUUCCUGAAGAUUUUGAGGUUGCAAAGUAUGAUGUCCUUGAAAAGGGUGAAGUAUUUAAGGAAUGUGUUGUUGUUGAACUACAGUGUGCUUUGCAGUGUUGUGAUUAUCCUUUCCGCAUACGCACACACGGCAUGUCUGAAGACGUCAAGGUACAGUGGGCUCUAAUUAAGACUUCUGAGGAGGCCCGAAGAGUCUAUGAGCAUUGUACUGAACAGCUGAAGAAAGCAGAUUUUGAAUUAAGCCAUGAUUUUCCAUAUUAUGCAGAACAUUUAGCUUCAACUAAGUUACAAGAGAUACUUGUAGCAGAAGCCAUCAGUUGCGGCAACUUGUCUGAAGAAGUUGGUGUUUUUGUGGAACUGCUCUGGGCUGAAGCUCUUGGGUUCUUGAAAGAUCUGUUACAUAAACCAGUGACCAGCAUCAGCCUGAAUGAUGUUACCAAAGCGGAGGGUGUUCUGCUUCGAGCCAAGGAGGCAUUGUUUGAAUCCCGCUUUCCAGAAGAGCUGAAAACAAUGAUAGCAGAGUUCUACACAAUCAUACCUCAUAAAACCGGGAUAGACUAUAAUGUUUGUGCAAAGCUGUUGUGUGACAAGCAGGAUCUCUGCCAGCUAAUCAGGGACAUGCUGAAUGUACAUGAAAUAAGUAUGUCGCAUCCUAACCCAUCAUCCCUCUCCAAGUACCGGUCUUUGGGGUGCAAGAUAGAUGUUCUGGAUGCAAAUAGUGAAGAGUUUAGUAACAUUAAACAGCAAGUUGUCCAAAAUAACUCCAGCAAAUGUUCCGUAGAAGUUCUGCAGAUAUAUAAGGUCAGCCGAAAAACAGAAACAGCUGCUUUUGAGAGUUCUCUUGGCAAUGUUCAGACCUUACUCCAUGGUUCAACUCCUUCCAACUUCGUGGGCAUCCUUUCUCGGGGCCUCCUCCUGCCAAAGAUGGUAGCUGAAGAACUCGGCAUCCAAAGAACUGAUUCUGGAUACUUGGGCUGUGGCAUUUAUUUCAGCGAUUCCAUAAGUACAAGCAUCAGGUUCUCUCAGCCUAAUAAGAUAGAUGGAACGCGACUGCUGGUGAUUUGUGACGUAGCACUUGGAAGGUGCUGGGAUACUUAUUAUACAGAUCCUUUCUUAACUGCUGCCCCAUCUGGCUAUGACAGCGUGCACGGAAUCUGCAAGGCAAAAGACAAAGAUUCAAUUUUCCAGGAUGAUGAGUUUGCGGUGUACAGAACAAGUCAGGUCAAAAUCAGAUAUGUGGUGAAGUUUUGCCUCUCUGAUGACAAAGUAAAUGAAUUCAAUCCCACAAUUCAGUCUGAGCUAGAAGACCAGGCACCUGUCCCAGAGCAUCAGUCCAAGCCUGAAGAUUAUAAAAUACCAAGCCAAAAAAUGCUGGAUGAUAUAGCUGCUGGACUUCUGGACAGAUCUGGAAACCCAAUUCCUCUGAAAGAUGUCCAUAUCAAGGGAAGAAUAAUAGACUUUGUAGCACAGGUGGUAGUAUUUCAGACCUAUGAAAAUACAUCUGACAACCCCAUUGAAGCCAAAUACGUCUUUCCUUUGGAUGACACAGCUGCUGUAUGUGGAUUUGAGGCUUUCAUCAAAGGGAAACAUAUAAUAGGAGAGGUGAAGGAAAAAGAAGUAGCUCACCGGGAAUACAGAGAUGCUGUCAUUCGAGGUGAUGGAGCUUAUUUGAUGGAUCAGGAUGCACCUGACAUUUUUACUGUUUCUGUUGGAAACCUGCCACCUUCAACCAGGGUUCUAAUCAAAAUCACCUACAUUACGGAGCUGGCUUAUGACCAUGGCAGUCUUUCCUUCCUCCUUCCUGCAGCUGUGGCACCUUGGCAACAAGACAAAGCAUUAAAUGAAAAUACACAGGACACAGUAACUAAAGUUGCAGUUAAGCAAAUAGGGACAAAACCAGGUGGGUUCUCUUUGGAGAUGUCGGUUGAAAUGCCCUUUAAGAUUGAUUACAUUGACAGCUGGACACAUCAACUUAAAAUAAAAAAAACAGACUGUAAAGCCGUGAUCUGUACUGCAAAGGACAGUUCCUUGGAUGUCACUGGAUUUGCAAUGGAAAUUGGAAUUGGUGAUGCUCAUUUGCCCAGAAUGUGGAUAGAGAAGCAUCCAGACAAAGAGACUGAGGCUUGCAUGCUUGUGUUUCAGCCACAGUUUGCUGCGCUGUAUGAACCUUCCAGCUCCUGUGGAGAAAUAAUCAUCUGCCUGGACUGCUCCAAUUCCAUGGCAGGUCCAGAAAUGCAGCAAGCCAAGCAGAUUGCAUUAUGUGCUCUGAACUCAUGCCAUGGUGCACCACGGCUAAGUGUUAUAAAAUUUGGCACAAGCUUUGUACAUUUUCCUUUCAAUCCUGAAAAGUGCACAACAGAUCUCACUGCUCUGGAGGAGUUUGUUUUGUCUGCUACCCCUUCAAUGGGAAACACGGACUUGUGGAAGACAUUGCAUUAUCUGAGUCUGCUGUGCCCUUCUAAAGCCAAACGCAACAUUCUUCUAAUAUCUGAUGGACAUAUCGAGAACGAAGCCAUGACCUUGCAGACUGUGAAGGAAAAUGCCCAGCACACCAGAAUAUUCACAUGUGGAGUUGGCUAUGCAGCAAAUCGUCACAUGCUGAGAUCUUUGUCCCAAUAUGGAGCUGGAGCCUUUGAAUAUUUUGACAUGAAAUCAAAGUAUAACUGGGAGAGAAAGAUACAAUGUCAGACCUCCCGAAUGUAUUCACCAGGAUGCAGCGCUGUUUCAGUUAAAUGGCAGCAAUUUGACGUGAUUAAACCUGAGCUAAUGUACACUCCUGCUCAAAUACAGUCUUUAUUUGAUAAUGAGCGCCUUCUUGUCUAUGGAUUUAUCUCCCAUUGUACUCAGGCCACUUUAAAUGCACUAAUAGAUAACCAAGAAUUGCAAACAAUGGUAUCUACAACUGAUCUGCAGAAGAUAACAGGAACUAUGCUCCACAAACUUGCAGCAAGAGCCUUCAUUAGGGAUUAUGAACAAGGGAUUCUUCAUGAGGACAAAACAAAACAUGAAAUGAAGAAACAACAGUUGAAAUCCCUGAUUAUUCAACUCAGUCUGGAGAAUUCCAUUGUGACUCAGUUUACAAGUUUUGUGGCAAUUGAGAGAAGGGAUGUGGAUGAAGACCAGGUGGCUGACACUCUGAACAUUUCAGAACUUGUAGCCAAGGAGGACGUAGACAUCUUACCCUACAUGCAAUAUCAAGUAGAAGAGCCCCAUCCUGUUUUUGUAAAUGCAUACCACCCAUGUAUGUUGUCCAGGCUGGAUGAAGAAACAGAUCAUUCUUCCACCAGUGUUGACAGCCAGGUAUCUGUCAGUGAUCUCAGAGGACAGAACUUUUUAAAAGCCACAGAGGUGUCUUUGGACCUCCUGAACCUCCGGGAGCAAUAUCCAGGAUUACUCCCUCUUCCCACUGCUCGUAUAUCCAGGGAAACAGCUAAACAGUUCUCCAUCUCAUUCGACUCCGGCCCGUCAAUUUCAUCACCAUCAACUAUCCCAACCAGUUUGGGUACCGUGUUUGGUUUCAGUGAUGCUGCGCCAGAAGUUCCUGACUUUCCUGUGCAGAGGAUGAAUUUGGAAGGUGGAUAUCCUACACCUCUUCAGGGUACCAGCCUAUCAUUGACUAGCGAGCAGAUUUCACUGCCACUAAAAGCUACAGGCUUUGGUUCUGCUUUUACACCUGCUUCGGAAGACCUCCCUGGCACCUGUGAGCAUGGGUUUGUUCUGCAAAGUGGUCCUCCUGGGGCCUUAAAAACAUCAUUUUCUGCACCAUCAUUACCACCAGCACCACCUUCCACGAGUGUUUCUGUUCCUGCUGCCACAAGUUUAGGCCCCAUCUUCUCUAUGCAAAGUGCAAGGAUGAAAGAUAGCCUUCCCAUGCCUCUGCUAGAUCAGCAGUUGCCACCAUCUAGCCCGCAGUUAUUGUUUUCCAGGCCCUUAUUUGGCUCUCGUCCUGCGCCUGCAGCUGCACCACCCUUUUUACCAGCACCACCUUCCACAAGCGUUUCUGUUCCUGCUGUUGCAAUUUCAGGCCCUGUCUUCCCUAUGCAAAGGGCAAGGAUGAAAGGUAGCCUUUCUGUGCCUCUGCAACAUCAGCUGUCGCCACCGUCGGGCCCGCAGUUAUUGCCUUCCAGGCCCUUAAUUGGCUCUUGUCCUGUGUUUGCAGCUGCACCACCAUUUUUACCAGCACCACCUUCCACGAAAGUUUCUGUUCCUGCUGCCGCAGGUUCAGCCCCCAGCUUCCCUAUGCAAAGAGCAAGGAUGAAAGAUAGCAUUCCUGUGCCUCUGCAAUAUCAUCAGUCACCACCGUCUGGCCCGCAGUUAUUGCCUUCCAGGCCCUGCUUUGGCUCUCGUCCUGCGCCUGCAGCUCCUCCACCAGUUGUCCAAUUUGAGCCUGGGUCGGGGAUACGCACAGCAGCUGACCGUGCUGUGCCUUUGCCAGAAGACCAAUGGCCACUUCUCUCUCCAGCCAGUUCAUUCAAGAAGAGACUUCCUGCUGCUUUUUACAGUCAUUAUCUUGAAAAGGCAUUUACAGAACUGGAAAGCAAAGAAUUGUUUAGAAAACAACCAGAGGAGACUGUACAGAAUAUCAUUGGGAAGAGGAAGUUUAAAAAGAAAGUCUGCAGGAUGCGUGUUGCAGAACAACCACUGAGUGCUGUAUCGUGGCCUCAGCUCUCUGAGCUGCAGCAUCAGGAUGGUUUUUGGCAGCUCACAGCUGAACUUGGGACCAUUUUGGAUCUAGAUGUGAAUGAUUUAGUCAGCGUCUCACUAACAAAAAGAGGGAUUCAAUCUCUUGGUCCCAAGGGGAAAGAAAAGCUGUUGCAAUUGAUUGCUACACUUCUGGUACUGCAGGUUAUACGAUUCAAGCAACUGGAAGGCAUCACUUUCAAAUCACUAAUGAAACUGAAUGACUCUCCCCCAUCACGGGCAUUUGAUGCAGUGAAGAAAGCAGUUGAAUGGGCAAAAAGAACUAACCGACAAUUCCCUUCUAUCUGCCAGCGACUUGAACUUGGAAAAGACUGGGACUUUGCCACUAAGAAGCUAUUGGGUAUCAAAAUAAUGGGAACCCUUGCCAACAGUAAAUAAAAGAAUUCCUUCCUCAACCUCACAACCCAUCUCUACAACAAUGGGAUUUUACUAGUGGGAAAAGAUCCUGUAGUACAUUUCUUUGAUUACAAUCACUAAAUUACCUUAACUGAUUAAGCUUUUCUUAACUAUCAGCAGUACACAUAUCAUUUAGCUUUGACAUUCUACAUUGUAACCACAAAUACGUUAUUGUAGCUGCUUCUUCCAGUGUAACACAUCUCUGGGGUUUAGAUUAAACUUCCAUGAAACUAGACUGUGUGAUCUCCCUCUACCAGAAUACAACAUUACCACUUGUUCAGUUGGUAUGAUAUGGACAUUUUAUUAAUGUUUGCCAAAAAUUUACAAGACUUUACUUUUUUUCUCUUAAGUAUAGGAUGGACAAUCAUUGCACAGCAUGCAAAGAUCUUUAGGAGUUUAAGAAUUAAAGAGUGGACUGGUA